UGGCGCACAGCUUUGGCCACCGUUCCAAAUGGUCUGCGUGAAAAAGCUCGCAGAACGGUGGAAAAGGGUGUUUGUCUGGAGAUGCGAGAGUGCCCAGUGAUUGUCGUGAUUGUCUCUGUGAUUGGUGACGGCGUGAGAAAUGGCGGAUGGCGGCCGAGAUGUGCCUUGUGUUGUGCGUAGGCGACGCAAGCUGAAUCGCCAGCAUCACGGCCAAACGGCCGAGGGCAGUCGCUUGGGUCAGAGGUGCUCGUCAGACGAGGAGGACAAUGUGCACGCUGGCCAGCAGGAGGCUCGCGGGGGUGUGUCGGCGUAUCGAUCGAAGAUCUUGGGUCGCCGCGAUCGCAAGAUCGCGAGCACAAGAAGUCAGAGCACGCCGAGAGUGGAUCCUGCGAGUAAUACAGCCGAAGUUGCGUCCCUCAUGCGGACGGCGAGAAGGAGUUUGUCAUCGCCCAGGCAUAAGGAAGAAGCCGUGGAGAGACAUGGAAAAGACAGUGAGACAGCGAAAACGACGUCCUCAAACAAGGUGCAGGAGAAUCUGAGGCGAUUUGAGGAGGAGAGAAAACGCUUGGAGGGUGAGAGACGCAAGUUCGAGCAGGAGAAGCGUGAUCUUGAUCGCUUGAGAGUCAGGAGACUAGAGGAAUCGGACAGGAAGCGCAUCACAGAAGGAUACAAUCAGUUCAAGAAGUCACAAAUACCGCGCUUGGGAGCGAAGAAGGUGGCCGAAGAGAAGGAGAAUUUGAUUGAGAACUUCAACAAGGCACAGAAGAUGUCCAACCAGGAAAGUGUACCGUCUGAAGCGGUGUUCGUGGAGAAACCAAGUCAAAUACCGCAAAGAUCGCACUCCUUCAAGGAACCGAGAAAGACAUCUCUCGAUCCUGUGGACUUUGAAUCGUCAACAGUCUCAUGCACAUCAACUGAGGAAGAUGUUGGGGAUGAAGACACGAAAGACAGCUCAAGGAAGAGUUCCCUGGAGCAGAAGGAAGAGCAGCAGGAGAAACCAGCGAAGCCCAAUGGGGUCCAAGCAAAGCCGAAGGAAAAGGACAAAGAGAAGAAAGUAGACAAGCCGCUAUUGGCAAAACCGGCAAAACCAACAAAGUUAGAGUUAUGGAAACAGUUCAAGGCUGCUAACAGUGAAGAAGUGAAGAGAAUAUGUCUGUUGAGGAAUCGGUGCUUCUCGAAUCUCAUCAUCUUGAUCAUUUUCUGCGGAAUUGGUGGGAUCAUCUUCAGAUUCGUCGAAGGAGCGUUCGAGAACUUCUACAAGUGUGGCGUGAAGCGAGUCAAGCGAGACUUUGUCGAUCAACUUUGGCUUUCCAGUCACAGUCUUAGAGAGGAAGACUGGAAAGCUCUGGCGCGCUCUAGGCUGCGCAAAUUCGAGGAGGAACUGCACACAGCCCAUGAGGCUGGAAUGACGAGUUACAGUGGUCAGAAAGCAUGGUCGUUUCUCAAUGGUUGGGCUUAUUGUCUAACAGUUGUCACAACUAUUGGAUAUGGACACAUCUCACCGGCAACAACCACAGGAAGGGCCAUCACGAUUGUCUACGCCGUCAUUGGCAUACCGAUCUUCCUCAUUCUGCUGGCAGAUUUCGGAAAACUCUUCACGAGAGGCAUCAAAUUCCUCUGGUCGUUCGUGAGGCGACUCUACUAUACAGGAUCAUGUCGUAAAGUGAGAAAACAAGCUCAAGUUCAGGACAUGAUGCGCGGCAUCAACAUGGCGUACGAAAUAGCCACCUUCAGGCGUCCCAGCAUGUUCACGAAGGAGGAGGAGGACGCGAAGAGCGCCCAGGACAGCAAUUCGACGAAUCUGCACUUGUCACCAUCACAGCAGGAUCUCGGCACGCCGCAGACGCCGAUGCCGUCGGAGAUUGAGAUCGACGACGAGUUUAACUUGCCGAUUUCGCUGGCGUUCUUCAUUCUCAUCACGUACAUCCUGAUCGGCGCCAGCAUCUACAGCAUGUGGGAGGAGUGGUCGUUCUUCGAGUCCUUCUACUUCGUCUUCAUCUCCAUGUCCACCAUUGGCUUCGGUGACUUCGUGCCUAACCACCCGAUGUACAUGAUGGCUAGCAUUGUCUACCUCAUGUUCGGCCUGUCGCUCACGUCCAUGUGCAUCAAUGUGGUGCAGGUGAAGCUCAGUGACAGCUUCAAGCACGCCAGCGCCAAGAUCGGCGCCACCAUUGGCCUGAAGAUGGCCGAGGAAGCGUCACUGAAGAACUCGCAGAACGGAUCGCCAGUCGACUUGGCGUCCGUGCACUCCACCAGUCCCAAAAUAGAGAUCAGCUCAGACACACAAUCGGCCGCGGAGAGCUAAAGUCUUAAGGACAAUGGUUUUUUUUUGUAUAUUCCAGAACGAAUUCUCUGUACAAUAGUGAGAACACAAAAGCUGUUGAAGUGGAAUUAUAACAAUGGAAUUUAAUGCUGGAUCGCAUCUCUUCUCGCGUGUGUUAAAUUUAAUACAAAAAAAGUUUAUCGAGCUCUCUAAUUUUUCCUGUUCAUGCCUUUUAUCGUUGACCCGUAUAGAUUGUUUCACUUAUAAAAGCUUUAUCCACUGUUAUUUGAUAAGAAAUGUCCUGAUUCAGUGAACAUUGUGUGACUGAAGGAGUGGAAGUUUAUCAAUUAAAAAUAAAAAUACUGAAAAUA